UAUUUCCGUUUAUAUUUUCCCCUUUCAUCCCCUACAUAAGUAAACUCUCUUUCUAAAAUCAAAUUAGGGUUUUGCAGAGUGCUGCAGACUUCAAUCAUACAGGCUAUUGGAAGAACUUUUGCUGCAGUUUCAGCUUUGUAGACCAAAAUGGAACACGGAUCGUUUCAGGAUAAUUCGGCAUCAACUUUUUCUUUAGCCGAUGAAGAUCAUACACUUGCAAACUCUUUAAGAUUUGCUCUCAACCAAGAUCCAAGAGUUUCAGUAUGCGGGUACAGCAUUCCACAUCCUUCAGAGGCUCGGGUAAACAUAAGAGUCCAGACAACUGGUGACCCUGCAAAAGAAGUGUUGAAAGAUUCAUGUCAAGACCUCAUGCAGAUAUGUCAGCAUGUUCGGAGCACCUUCGACCAAGCUGUUGCUGAUUUUAAAAGUAAUAAUGGUUCCGAAAGGCAGUAGAUGAAGAACUCUAUUUUGUCUCUGUUCUGAGGCUCUUUUUUGCUCUUAGUUACUUGACAUAUUGUAUGGUUUGAUCUACAUAUGUAUUAUGACUGGUGGAAUUUUGUCUUGAUUGAUUGUUACAUGAAGUAAAAUGAAUCAAUAUCUAUAUCUUGGCA